UGUCAUAUCACUUGUUGCAAAACGAGCACAACCACUUUUAUUUUUGCGCGUUUUGCGCGUAUGUGAGUGAGAUCGUGUCAUUUCCCGGACCUUCUGUUUUCCGUUCUCUCCUCUCUAAUCAUUGUUGCAAUUCACAUUACACACACUACUACAGUGAUCCUCCCCUUUUUUCCUUUUCCUUUAUAUUUGCUGUCUCAUUUCCACCGACAAUCGAUACAAGCUAGCAAAUAACAGCCUUGAUAACAAUGGCGAUCAAAAGACUCGAUGAGCUGCCGGCACACCUCGACCCACAUUGUCUUUUACUUUCGAAUCUUAACCGGGAGACGAUUGCCGAAACUUUGAAUGACUAUUUCAACAAAGUGGGCGAAGUAGAUCGUGUAGAGAUUGAUCUUGACGACCGAAACCGAUCCAAAUGUUCUGCAAUCAUUCUUUUCGCCCAUCCACUGACGGACUACAACAUCAUUUUAUCAAACUUGAGAAUCGAUGGCAAAGCGGUCCAAAUAGAGUUUGCACCCAAAGGCUUUGCAGCAACCCAUCCAUGGCGUGAUACGUCGAGAAAAUCGGAUCGAACAUGGGUCAUUGCAAAAGCAUUCUCACUCGGUACCAUGCUGGCCCCCAAGACCUUUGUUAAUAUGUGGUCCUGCGAGCGCGAUGUCAGUGUGAUCAUGGAUUUCGCCGCGCGUCUCAUGUCUGUACGGUUUCAGCAUUUGAGUCACACGUAUCGUAUGGAGUUCCCCUUCAACAACAUCGAUGGCGAAAUAAAGUUGGAGCGCGAAGAAAAUACGACGCAUUUCACGUUUACUCUGCGAUGCCCGGCACGGACAUUUCGAGAAAGGUACAUCCAAGAGCAACCAUCUCUACAACAACCACCAUUACCACAGCAGCAGCAACUACGCCAGAGGCAAUAUCAACAACCGGGUGGAAACAGAUAUAGCCGCAACAGCAGCAAUAAUCACGGAUACAACAAUUGUGGUAUGAGCAGCAACAACUACAACAAUAAUAGGUCAGCACCGCCCGGCCGACCCGAAGUCAGAGCAACGAAAAAGGAUGUGACUCGAAUCUGGGAACGUAUUAUGGAGAUACCACUUGAUGCUCAGGCACAGCAACUGAUUAAUCAAGAACCCAAUGGCAAACGCAUCCCAAUUAGUCCAGAACACCCAGCCCAUCGAAUCAACUUGGCAGCAUGGCGCACAUACCGCCUCAAAUUCGAAACGACCGAAGACUGGAUGCUAAACGAGUUUGAAACGAUGCUACAAUACGCGGCCCAGUUCAACUUGAUUCCACAAAAAUUUAACGUGCGGCGUCAAUUACCGCUACGUGUUUUGCCAGCAUCCCAACUAUCUGAACCAGUGCACACGCACUCACGACGCGCAUCGCAGAUCAACGAUUUUGACGUGUUGUACUACCUGGAAUGUGCAGUGACACAAGGACUGAUCGACCAAGUCAGUCUUGACGACACCUUGUACGAGACGCUGAAUGAAGUCGGCCACGCAGGUGCCAAAUACCCUCGAGGUAUUCUGUUGGCGUUACUUCAAGAAUCUUCGCGCAUAUGGAAACCCUAUGAUGCAAUUUACAAGAUAUUCAGCCAAAACGGACUCAAGAUCGCUGCGGAUCUGGCCGUACCUAAUCAUUGUGUCCAAAUCCGUAAAGUCAUUGUCACGCCUACAACGUUGUAUCUUCAAACGCCAACUCUUGAAGUUAGCAACAGAGUCGUUCGUCAUUUCUCAGAACAUGCGGAUCGGUUCUUGCGCGUCCAGUUCAUGGAUGAAGGCAUGACGCGUAUUGCUGCCACGUUUGGUGGGGAGAGCAGCGACGCUAUCUAUGCACGGAUUUAUAAAACCCUACAGAAUGGGAUCCAGAUUGGUGCACGUCGGUAUGAUUUUUUGGCGUUUUCAAGUUCACAGCUUCGAAAUCAUGGUUGCUGGUUUUUCGCGCCUACAAAGGAACUUACUCCUGGUAUGAUCCGAGCGUGGAUGGGCACCUUCUCACACGUCAAGACCAUUGCCAAAAAUGCAGUGCGCAUGGGUCAGGUAAAAAAAACAGUAGCUUCGAUACGGAGAAGUUGGCACAAUGCUGUUGGUGUGAUGAGAGGGGAAUAGCUCCACGAUGAUCUUCGGUUUUUCUAAAAAAGGCAUCAAUUUAGUGCUUCUCAACGACAACUCCUACGAUCCAACUGAAUGAAAACCAAGUUGAGGUGAUUGACGACAUUGAACGCAACGGAUACACCUUUU